AUGACGACCACCCACGUCUCUCUCGGCCCAGAAAGGUCGCCCUGCCACCGCAGUUCAUUCAUUCGUUCCUGGCGCGAAGCGGUACGACACAGUCCGGAUGACUUUGAAUCCCCGAUGCGAAAGCGUGCCAAGCAUGAACACGUCCAAGAAAAGUCUGCACCACCCGAAGAGUCCAAGCACAGAUCUUCAGACACGAUCCUCAAAGAUGGGACCAGACUCACUGAUCAUGCUGGUGGCAGCAUUGUGUAUUCAAAUCCCUUCAAGUCAACACCACCAACCAGCACGAGCAGGGCCACUUCCCAGAGCCUGGCAAACCAAGACUCAGAAUUUAUGGAUGACAUGAGCAACACUACCUUCCAAGACACAGCAAGUCGAGACUCAGGAACAGAAGAGGACGAAUAUAGUGACACCAAUGUAACAUUUCCAGACAGCAUGAGCAGCGCUACACCCCUAGACGAAGCUGAGGCCGGAGGAGCUGCUGAGGGUUUGCCGGCAACAGGCACCAACGAUGACCCUGAAAUUCGUGACGGCGACUCAGCAUUGGGCGACGACAAGGAGAGCACUAUAUCCUGGGACUCAGAAGAAGCAGAAAGACUUCUCCGCGAAAACAAGCCGCUCUUCGAUCAAGGAGAACUGGAUUUUGCCCACCAUGUCUGUCAGAUGGUGGGCAAGAGUUUAUGUCCAAUUGAGGUACCAGGCGAUAUUAAGAUCCUAGAUGUUGGGUCUGGAAAUGGGACUUGGGCGAUCGAAACGGGUGCUAAAUACACAGCUGCAACCAUUCAGACGAUGUACAUCAACGAGGAACAUAUCCCACGAUUGCGCCCUCCAAACGUCGAAUUCCUCUUCGCCGAUUUGUUUUCUACUUGGCCUGAAAACGAGUACGGCUUUAUCCAUAUUCAAGAUAUGGCUGCACAAGUCAAAGACUGGACGGAGCUCGGUAAACGGUGUUACGAGCUCCUUAAACCUGGGGGAUCUGUUGAAAUUAUAACAUUUGGGCCAACUCUCUAUUAUCAUGGAGUGAGGCUCACGUUCGCCGAAGGUCUUGUACCAGAGAUUCCAGAAAAUUUCAGUGCCAAACAUGGUAUUACAACAGAAGAAAUCAUGAACGUCCUCUCUGCAGCCCGCAUCACAGACACUUUCGCUCAGGGAUACCGUGAUAUUGGGUGGCUCUUAGAUCCCGAGGAUGAGAUUCUACGCGAUGCUGGAUUUGCCGAUGUCACGACAACCCGUUACCGUGUACCUCUAAACACCAAUUCCCACGCUUUUAAGGAAGAGUUUUUCAGCAAGGAAUAUUACAGGAGACUCAGAGUCUUACAGACUAGGCUGGGGUUGGAAUAUCGAUCUGAGAUAACAGUAGCGAUUGCGAAGCUAAGCAUGAUGAAGGGCGUUGAGUUGGAAAUAUUCUUUGUAUAUAAGAGGCCAGAGUUUUGA